AUUGGUCGCGGCGGAGAAGGCAGUGUUUCCACGUUCCGACGGGGGCUGCUUAUAAGCAAUAGAGUGCUGUCUGGUAGGGGUCGCCGCCUAACCACUGCUAAGCUCACCCACCAAGCAAGCCCAGUUAACAAAGUUCAACGUCUAGCAAUGUCCAACGCGAGCGCGGCCACUGGGAGCUACCGGCCGGACGAGUCCGCGGUGGAAAUUUUCUCGGAGCACACAUGGCUGCAAGGCGCGUUUCUCGCAGCAAUCGCCUAUGGGAUCGAGGCGGUGUUGUUCUUCAUGUCGGCGCGGCUGCUUUGGGUCGCCCGCAGCAAGGACGAGGGCACGGAAAGGCGCAAUCUCAUCCUCAUCGGCUAUAUCAGCACCAUAUACGUCCUCGGCACACUCUACAUGGCGGGGCUCUUCCAGUUCACACAGCUGUCAUUUAUUGACAACCGGAAUAUCCCGGGCGGCCCGAACCAGUACGAGAAUAUCAUGUUCAGCCUGCCCAUCGACAUGCUCGCGAACGUGAUCAUGGUGCUGCUCACCUGGAUGUGCGACAUCAUCAAUGUCUGGAGGUGCGGCGUUAUCUAUCGCGGGUCGAGGAUACCGUGGUACCUCGUUGUCGCGCUCCCGGCGUGCAUGUACCUUGCCUCCAUUGCCCUCGGAAUGCUCUUCCUCAAGCAGGUCGGCACCGUGUCCGCUUCGCCCUGGGACACCUCGGGCAUCAACUGGACCGUCCCGUACUACUCGAUGUCGCUCGCACUCAACGUGCUCGUGACGCUGUUGAUUGUUGCGCGCCUGCUGCUCUGCCGUGCCCAGGUCAACCGCGCGAUGGGCGCCACCCACGGCUCGCAGUACACGUCCCUCGCGGCGAUGAUCGUCGAGUCUGCCGCGAUCUACUCGACCUUCGCCUUGCUCUUCCUUGUCCCCUUCGUGAUCAACACGCCCACGUCGAUCGCGGUUUCGCAGCUGUUCUUGCAGGGCCUGUCGCCCAUUCAGGUCGUCUCCACACUGCUCAUCAUAUUCCGCGUGGCCUCGGGCCGCGCCUGGUCUGCCAAGACCACACAGACGCUUACUGGCGGGCAGCGCGGCACGGGCGACGCGACCCACACGAUUGGCGGGCACACGAUCAACUCCAAGGCGAACAGCUCGCUCCGCAUCCGCACCGUCACGCAGACCGAGACGUACCCCGGCUACGGCUACGACCACGACCACAGCUCGCACGACGAAGUCCACACCAAGGAGGCCGUCUCCCUCCAGACCUUCUCCGACAAGACGCGCACGGUCAACUUCGACGCGCUGCCCUCCGAGCGCGAGCAUGCCGUGUAG